AACUGAUAAUCAACCAUUGGAUAUAAAACUUUGCAGCAUUUCACAAGCCCAGGAGUAAUGGCGACUCUAGCUUUCUCACUAUCAUUUUCCUAUCCAACGUCGCCUCUAAACCCUAAAAGCUCUAAUUCUAUCAUUUCUGUAUCUAAUCACAUCAAGAGCCCUAAUGUUCUUCGUCUCUCUAACCAUUCUAGGAACACAGAGCAGAAGGAACUCGGGUGUCUGAAACACCAUCUCCUUGUUUGCCUCACCUGCUCAUCUUUAUUGUUCUCAUCUCCUGAACCCCUAACCCUAAUUUAUCCAUUUAUUGGUUUCAUCGACAAUGCAGAAGCUCGAGGACUAUUUCAGAUGCCCCCUGUUCGCCUGAACAACAGGUUCUUUCUAGUUAGGGCUGGAGAGUCAGAAAUGGAGAGCAAAGGGAUUGUGUGCACGAACCCAGUUUCAAAGACCUCAGUUGAUAGUGGUCUCUCAGAAGAAGGGAAGAAACAAAGUGUAACCCCUGCUGCUUUUGCUUUGAAGGAGAUGGGGGCCUGCGAAGGCAAUUGUUGGAUAUGGCCAUCAAUCACCCAAAGAUCAUACCAGGCUGCAGAGAUCAUAGCCUCUGUUAAUGAAGUCAAUCGUAGUCAUAUAGUUCCUGAGUAUAGCUUCUUGGAUGCUCGUGCUUUUGGAGCAUAUGAAGGAAGGAAAUUGGAAUCUCUAAAUGAGGUUUAUGAGUCAGACCGUAUCUCUCCUCGUGUGAGGCCACCUCCUGUGGACAAUGGGACACCAAAUGAAAGCGUCGAGGACGUGUUUGUUCGUGUAACACAACUCAUGUCCAUCAUAGAGACACAAUACUCGGGUGACAACAUAAUAAUCGUGUCCCCAGAUUCUGAUAACUUGACAGUUCUCCAGGCCGGCUUGAUUGGGCUUGAUCUUCGCAGGCAUAGGGAUCUGUCUUUUGGUCCCGGCGAAGUCAGGUAUGUGGAUCCUGCAAGUGUGCCAGCUUAUAAACAACCGCCUUCAGCCAUGUACCAGUGCUUAAAGCCUCCAAACUGCACAUGAACACAAAGAGAGAGAGACAGAGAGAGAGAGCCUUACGGGCCAUUAGAAUAUGGAAUGACAGUGCACAAAAGAAGCAUGUAUGAACUAUGAAGCGUGACAUGAGGCCUGCGGAAUCUUAUUAUCUAUGGUCCUGCUCUGAUCUUAAUCUGGGCAGUCAAUCUGGACCUUUAAAUCAACCCUAUAACAUUUAGAGGCAGCUCAGUGUUGGUGAUUCAAAUCAGUUCAUGGUCUUAAGUUAUCUUGUAAUCUCAAGUAGAACCUAAUGUCUCUCUCAAGUAGAACCUAAUGUCUCUCCCAUGUGUAAACAAUGAUAUAUCAUUUUUAGAGGAUAAAAACCAAGUUUGGGUAAAAAUAAAAGAAGAAAUUUUUGUGCA